AGAAAAAAAUAAAAGAAGAAAAAAACAGUGAGACUGUGUGACUCCUGAAGCCAACAUUGUGUGACAGUGAGAAAGAAGAGGAACGUCGUUUUAGUUUUAGUUUUAUUGUAAAACUCUAAACCCUUUCAUGUCGACCUCCGAGGACCCAAAUGUAACAACGGCACAAGAACAAGAACAAGAGCCAGAGCAAGAACAAGAAGAACAAGAUCAACAAUCGGAAGAAUGGGAAACCAUGGCUCGAGCGUGGCUCUGUUCCUUCCCGGAGGCGAAAGAAGUGAGCAUGGCAGAAGUGGAAGCGUGGAUCGACUCCAACCUCGCCUCUCUUCCCGAAGGCCUUCGAUCCAUGCCUCGCCCCGAUCUCUCCAACCGACUCAUCUCCUUCCAGAAUUGCAUAAGACUCCCCAACCAGGAAGCGAGUCAGCUUGAUCUUCCGCAAGCGCGGUUUCAGCGCACUGAUCAGUGGAUUCCGGUGUAUUCGUGGCUGGAGACUUUGGAUAAGGAUGAGGUGGUUAAGUCCAAGGAGAUUUCUGACUGGUUAACGGAGAACCCUAAGGUUCAAGAACAGUUGUGCUCCCGGCAUUCGCGAUACCAUUUGAUGCAUUACAUAAAAAAAUGUCAUCUCAAGAUAUUAAAAAGAAGGGAUAAGAAGAAGGGUUUAGAGCAGCCUGACAAAGACUCGCCGUUGAAGAUUCAGAAAGAUGUGGUGAUGAAACACUCAGCUCCCCUUCCAAGUAGUUCUGUAAGUAAUCUGCCCAAAGAUAGUGAUUUGUUCUUGGCCAAAAAAAAUGAAGCCUAUCGUAAAUAUGAGAUUUUAGUGGAGUUGGAGAAGCUGCUUUCCCCCGCAUUCUCAAAGCAACCUAGCAUAUAAAUCAGUUAGUGUUGGAAACAUCAACUGUGGUGUCUGCAUUACGUUUGACUUAAUAGGUGCCCAUUCUCAUUUAAAUGGAAUGGUAGAUCAUAUAUGUAAAAAGUAGUGUAGCGGAAUUAUUUUUACCAUCAUCUGACCAUCACAGAAAUUUCAGAAAUGACGAAUCUGAGCUGGAUUGAAGUUUUCUCUAACGUGAGUAAUUAAACAUUUUUGUGAACUUCUGUGGGAUGAUAAAUAAUUG